AAGUUUGCAAAGUUAUAUGUUUCCAAAGUUAAAACAUAAAUAUGUGUAUAUAUUAACAAUUUAUUUAAAUUUCUAUUUUAAUUUUUUAUAAUUAUCUAUUGAAAUUAUAAUCAUUGUAUUAUAUACCAAUUUUAUUAAUUUCGUGUUAUCAUACAUAAUUUUAGCAUUAUCAAACAAAUACAUAUCUACGUGGAAAUAAUUGUAUAAAAGAAUGGAUUCAAUAAGAUUUGGAUUAUUAACAGUUAGUGAUAGCUGUUACAAAAAUGAAGAUAAAGAUAAAAGUGGUCCUGAAAUAGAGCAAUGCAUUAAGGAUGAAAACUCUAAUAUUGGAAAGAUUUUAAAAGGUCAAAUACAUCAUAAAAGUAUCAUUCCUGAUGAAGAAUUUAUGAUAAAAGAUUUUUUAAUUUCUUGGAGUGAUAGUAGAAAAUUAGAUGUAAUUCUUACAAUUGGUGGCACAGGAUUUUCUAGAAGAGAUGUAACUCCAGAAGCAACGAAACAAGUUAUUCAAAAAGAAGCUUCUGGAAUAGUUGCAGCUAUGCUAAUGUCUAAUUUAAAAAUUACUCCAAUGGCUAUGCUGUCUAGAGCUGUAUGUGGAAUACGAGAUAAAACAUUGAUUAUAAAUUUACCGGGAUCACCGAAAGCUGCAAAAGAAUGUUUAAAUGCAAUUGCACUCGUUAUACCGCAUGCUUCAUGUUUAGCUAAUAUAGUUGAACGUAACAGAGAAUCUCCAUAUCCAAUGAUUUCUGUAGAAGAAGCUUUACAGUUAAUAUGUAAAUAUAUAGAACCAUUAAAUUUUAAUGAUAAAUUAGAAGAAGAUCUAGAAAGAUGCCAUGGUAGGAUAUUGGAUGGUGAUCUGUAUUCUAAGUAUGAUUUACCACCAUUUAGAGCAUCUAUUAAAGAUGGUUAUGCUGUCUUAGCAAAUGAUGGAAAAGGCAAAAGAAAAGUAUUAAGUGGAAUAAAAGCAGGAGAUACUAUGCAACAGCAAUUGUUCAAGUUGAAGAUACUAAACUUAUAAAAGGAACUUCAGAUAAUAUGGAGGAGAAGGAAAUUGAAAUUAUAACAGAAGUACAAUUAGGACAAGACAUUAGACCAAUUGGUUGUGAUAUUAAAAAAGGAGAAUUAAUUUUAAAAUCAGGGACAAAACUUGGUGCAAUAGAAUUAGGUCUUGCUGCUGCAUGUGGUUACAAAAAAUUAUUUGUCACUGAUCUUCCAAAAAUUGGUGUAUUAUCUACAGGAGAUGAGUUACAAUGUCCUGGAACUACUUUAAUGCCAGGGCAUAUAUAUGAUAGCAAUAAAAUUACAUUACUGUCGAUAUUAAAAGAAAAUGGCUUUGAUCCCUUAGACAUGGGAAUUGCAUUGGAUGAUGAAAAUAUUAUGGUACACAAGAUUAAACAUGCUUUACAACAAAUUGACGUACUUAUAACAUCAGGUUCUGUAUCAAUGGGUGACAGAGAUAUGUUGAAGCCUAUUUUGCAAUAUUAUUUCAAUGCUACUAUACAUUUUGGCCGUGUAAACAUGAAGCCUGGCAAACCAACUACUUUUGCAACAUGUUUCUUUCAAAAUAAGAAGAAAUAUUUAUUGUGUUUACCGGGUAAUCCAGUUUCUGCGACUGUUACUAUGAAUUUAUUUGCAUUGCCUUUAUUAAAACAAUUGUGCAAAGACACUUCCAUAUCUACAAUUGUAUUAGCAAAAUUAAUGUCAUCUUAUAAUUUGGAUCCACGUCCCGAGUAUGUAAGAGCGAUUUUAAAAUGGAAUGACACCGAUACUUUACCACUAGCUUAUAGUACUGGAAAUCAAAUCAGUAGUAAAUUACUUAGUUGCAAAAAUGCAAAUGCAUUAUUAAUGUUACCAGGACGUAAAGCAGAAAAAACUGCAUUGCAACAAGGAGAGGUAGUACAAGCAAUGUUGUUGGGAUUUACGCAAUAAAUGUAAUUUAGUAAAAGAAAAUAUCAAAUAGAAUAGUUAAUGAAUCCAAAACGUAAUAUAAUAUGUACAUAAUUUAUAAAUACAGAUUCUUGUUUGUUAAAAAAAAAAGUAUAGUUUUGAGAGC